CGCGACCCGGCUUGGAGGGCAGCUGGGUGCCAGAACACCAAAGAGGUGAAGGAAGAAGGCUCACCCGACAGCUAUGAGCUGAGCCCCCAGUUAGAGGAACUCAUCAGCAAGGUCAGCAAAGCCCACCAGGAGACCUUCCCCUCGCUCUGCCAGCUGGGCAAGUACACCACGAACUCCAGCGCAGACCACCGGGUGCAGCUGGACCUGGGGCUGUGGGACAAGUUCAGUGAGUUGGCCACCAAGUGCAUCAUCAAGAUCGUGGAGUUUGCCAAGCGGCUGCCCGGCUUCACUGGGCUCAGCAUCGCCGACCAGAUCACUCUGCUCAAGGCCGCCUGCCUGGACAUCCUGAUGCUGCGGAUCUGCACGAGGUACACUCCGGAGCAGGACACCAUGACCUUCUCCGACGGGCUCACCCUGAACCGCACCCAGAUGCACAACGCAGGCUUCGGGCCCCUCACAGACCUCGUGUUUACCUUUGCCGGGCAGCUCCUGCCGCUGGAGAUGGACGACACGGAGACGGGGCUGCUCAGUGCCAUCUGCCUCAUCUGUGGAGAUCGCAUGGACCUGGAGGAGCCUGAAAAAGUGGACAAGCUGCAGGAGCCGCUGCUGGAGGCCCUGAGGCUGUACGCCCGGCGCCGGCGGCCCAGCCAGCCCUACAUGUUCCCGAGGAUGCUCAUGAAAAUCACCGACCUGCGGGGCAUCAGCACCAAGGGAGCAGAAAGGGCCAUUACCCUGAAGAUGGAGAUUCCAGGCCCGAUACCCCCCCUGAUCCGAGAGAUGCUGGAGAACCCCGAAAUGUUUGAGGACGACUCCUCGCAGCCUGACUCCCACCCGAAGGCCUCGAGCGAGGAUGAGGCUCCUGGGGGCCAGGGCAAGCGGGGUCGAAGUCCCCAGCCGGACCAGGGUCCCUGACCUCCCCAACCGUGGGGUUGGGCUCCAGGCAGCAGCCUGACCAUCUCCCAGGCACCACCAGUGACCGGGGGAGGACCUGUUCUGCCCUUUUCCACCCCUUCCAAAGAGCUCCUUGUUUUUGCCAAAGUUUCCAGGGGUGCCUCUGUUCACCCCUUCCCGCUCGAAGCGGCUCCGUCUCCAGCCCUGGGGGGCCUGCCCUGCUCCCACCAGGAGAGAGGCCGGAGGGGUGAGCCUGGGUAUGGACUCUAACGGUCUCAGCACUGCCCCUCUGAUACCAGGGUCCCAGGCUAUCCAGGCAGGAGGAGGAUUCUCUCCUUCCACAACCCUUCUACUGCCAGGUGCUCGGGCCUCUGGGAGCAAACAGGAACACUAGAGACCAAAAGCGAAAGGGCUGAACCCGCCCUCUUGCUCCUACCCUUGGUGCCUCAUGCUGGCUGAUGCACCUGCCGGGUGCACGCCGCCCUCUGUGCCCAGGUCCGGGUGUGUGGAGGGGCAGGCUGGCCCUGCAUUUCGGGGGCCGGGCCAGCAGGUGAAAGGGACAGAUUCCGGUGCCUUCUGCACCUCUGCUGGGUGCAGCGUUGACCGGGUACCCUCCGUUACAAGCCCCUCUCGUGGCCCUGUCAUGUGCCUUGGGCUCCUCCUGCCUGCCAUCUCAGCUCUCAGGCAGGGACCCUCCUACACUACACAGGGGCCAGGGGAUCCCUCUCCCCAGUGCCUUUUACCCUUGAUCCCCAGGGCAGCUUGGCCCAGGGAGGGGGGAUGCUGCUUAGCUGACCCCGCCCUGUCCCAGAGGAAGCCUCUAUUUAUUUAUUAGCUUUUGUUUACACCCUGGAAUCGACCCCUUCCUCCAGGGGUCUUGGGAGGGGGAGCCCAGGGCCUCUGAGAUCCCUCCCUUCUUCCUCCAAGCCCCAGUUUGUAUUUAGCUGCCAAGUAAGAUUCCCACGGGCUCCCCCUUUUUCUCUGGGGGGUCAGGGUGCUGUCCCCUCCCUUCUGUUUACAUCUCCCCUCCACCCCGCUCUACUGCAUAUCGCUGA